GCCUUAGCUCCGGCCAACUCCCGGCCUCCCCUGGCCUCCCGCCAGAACCUCCCGCCACCUUUCUUCCUCCGCCCGCCACUGAGCGCCCAGCCGGGCCCAAGUCCACCCGCGCCCCGCGCGCGGCCCGUCGGCCCACGGAGCUGGCGGCGCGACCAGACCGGACCAAUGUGGCGCAUGCGUGGUUGCGCCACUCGGCGCGGGAGCUGCGGCGGGGAAGGCGGCGGGAGUCGCGGAGAGUCGGGCCGUCUGGGCCGGGCCCGUGAGGGCGGCGGUGGCGGUGUGGGUUGGCGAGGCCGCGCGGGCGGGGCCCGGCGACAGCUGGAAGAGCGCUUCGCCGACCUGGCGGCCAGCCACUUGGAGGCCCUGCGCGCGCGGGACGAGCGGGACCGGCAGAACGCGCGACUGCGCGAGGAGAACGCCCGCCUGAGGUUGGAGAACCGGCGGCUGAAGCGCGAGAACCGCAGCCUCUUCCGCCAGGCUCUGCGGCUGCCGGGUGACAGCGGCGAGCGGGAGGCCUCAGUCGAGACCCUCGGCCCGGACGAGCCCGCCAUCAACCGCAGGGCGAGAAGCGAAGGGCGUCCGGAAGGGCCGGGAAGCCCCAGGGCGCUGCGGGCCCGCCUAGAAAAGCUGGAGGUCAUGUACCGCCGAGCGCUCCUGCAGUUGCACCUAGAGCAGCAGGGCGCGCGCCCGCCGGGAGCCAUCGAGGAGCCUUCGCUCCAAGAAACUGCCACCGGCCUGCCCGCCGGUGACCCGGACGUUCCGGGACCCUGGCUGUAGCCAGAGGGCGCGGAGGGAGGUGGGGCUUGCGCACGCCCCGCCUCUGAAGGCUCUGCGUUCCGCCCCUCUCAGCACAAACCUCCAGCCCCACCCAAGGGCACUUCCGGGCGCCAAAUCCGUUGGCCUGAUGGAUAAAGAGAGGGAAGAGUUUCCAAGUUCCCACUUGUGCAGAGCAACUGCCAAGUACCCUGUUGGUGUGUCAGGGCCUAGCAACUCUAAGACCUGCUUUAAAGCAGCAAGAACUGGGUGCCUGGUUGCACCUCCUAAAUUCUUUAAGUUUUCAAAGUGUUGUGAGGACCAGUUUUUUGCUCCCCUCGGUCUUUGAUUCUUUGAAGAAUGAAUAGUGUAUUUGAGUUGGUAAUGCCUGUUCAUUCUCCUGUUCACUAAACUCUCCGCUGUUUUCUCUUAUACAACCCACCUUUUAAGUAUGUUUUGUAAAUUGCUAUUAUUUGGAUAUCCCAUAAAGUACUACCUUUUUAUAAAGAAGAAAAUAUUUAUAAUUGCCUGUCAGUUCAAUCCACAUAUGUUUAAUAUAUUCUGGUGUGUUGGCCUCCAGAGAUUUUUUUAAGAGUAUCUUCUGACAGGUGAUAAUUUGAGUUGAUAAAUAAAACUGGUGCAUUAAAAUCUAAAAUUUCCAUGACUGUUAUUUGAUAUGUUUUUAAGCUUUAUAGGUUCCUUUAAGCCUAUAUGUGCAUAUAUGUAACAUUUUAAUACCUGUCUUUGUUUAUCCUUUGUAAUUUUACAUUGUUUACACAAGAUCUUUACAGAUCUCAAGAUAGUUUGAAGAUUGUUUUAUUAUUACUACAUUUUAGGUUAACAUUAAUGCUUAUUCAGUUAGUUCAUGAUUAUUUUGCCUGAUUUCUACCAACCUUCAGGAAGUCAUAAAUUACUUGUACUUUAUACAAAAAUUCCCAGUG